GGCUCUCCACCUACUCCUAGCUCCCAGACGUGGAACGCAUACAAACACCUCGCAUCACCCCUCCCGCCCCGUCACCACCGCGCUGCCCCGCCGCAGGGACCCCCUCUCGCCCGCGCCCUCCCCUCAAGUCCCGCCUCGCCGCCGGGGACACCCUCUACGGCCUUUUCCUCUCCAAACAUCUUUCCCGUUCGCAUCCCCCUUUUCGGUCUCUUGGCCUUCCUUUCCUGGCGGCGACGACUGGGCGAGCGGCGGCGCCCUUCUCCGGCGACGAGCACCCAGGUAGUCCUGUAAACACCACAGAGGUUUUCUAUUGUGUGCAUAAAAGGCAGUUCAUGAACACGCAAUUAGCCAUGUCUGGUGUGUAUGAUGAGAAUCCACCUACGAAGGUUUCCACUGAUCCAGCAUGUUCAAGGAACAGUAUUGAUGAGGAUGAUGAUUGGGUGAUAGUCAAGAAACAGCGGAUCACCAUAUUAAUUCCUCCACCAUCACCAGAUGCUGCGAACCCUGAAUCAGACAGGCCCACAGUAAGUUCUAAACAUUCUAGCUUAACACUGAGCAACAGAGACUGGGAUGCUGCCAGAAAGAAGCACCCUAAGCAGUUGAUUGCUGAGAAAUCCAAGAACCCUCCAGAGGAUGGCAAUAGUGAGAAAGCUCAAGUAGACCAUUCUGAGAGUACAGUUCAAAAAGAUGUUCCAAGGAUGGUGAUUGACAUACCGCUACACAGUCCUGCUGCCCCUGUUGUAAAGUCAGAAUGGACUGAAGGUGGAUUUCAGGCUGUUAAAGGACUCUUUCAUCAAGGCAGUGGACAGUUGACAAAUAACUCUGGAAUCAUGGAUAAUCCAAGGAUGCCAGUUAUUUCUUCACCUGUUGCAGAUAAGGUAAUGCGAGCCCGGCUUCUUGAAAGACGCGUUGCUCGGCUUGGAGGACUGAGGAAUUGGCUUUUUGAUUGCGAUCUUGGAUGGUUUGUUGGCAUAUUGGACAGUGAAAAUCUGGGGACGUACCAACUAGUCUCCCUUACAAUGACCCAGCUGAAAGAAAUGGGCCUUAUUGCUGUAGGUCCACGGAGGAAACUGAUCCAUGCCAUUGACAAUCUGUGCCGCCCUCGCCAUGUUGAGAAGGUUUCUUGAUCUCUGGCACAAUUUUAGAUGGCUAGAAUGUCAGAAAGCUAUUACAGGAAGGAAUGUCUGAAGUGGUCAGCGAUUGCAGUCAGUUUGUUGACUUAAACCAUAUUUUUCUCUUGUAUGGAAUGGAUGGCCAGCGAUUGCAAUCAGUUAGGUGACUUAGGCCAUAUUUGUCUCAUGUAUGGAUAGCUAAAGGUUGAUUCAUGAGCGGGAAUGAGAAGCGAGUGCUGAAAGUUUUCAGGAAGCUGAACCAGGAAUCAGAAGUUAAAGUGGUAGGCAGUUUACCCUGUUUUGAGAUAUGCUUUUCUAGACUGUCCCCUGUAAGAUAAUCUGACGUAGAUCGAGUUGAUAUCAUGUAAUCUUGCAGAUAUGGAAGGACACUUCUGUAAGAACCGAGAACUUUUAUGAAUCUGUCGGGCCUCUCCCUGGCAAAUUUGCGAUGUCUGAGUUAGUGGGUGGCUGCA